AUGGGUGGAAAGAUCGCAGUUAUAGGAGCUGGCGCACUUGGUCUUUGUGCGACAAAGAUAUUCACGGAGGAUGGAUUCAUUGUCACCACCUAUGAAUCUCGCGAGUACCUGGGAGGUUUAUGGAAAGAUUCCGACGACUCCACCAUAUCUGUUCAUGCGACUACAAUCUUCAAUUCGAGCAAAUAUCGCGCAGCUUUCUCAGAUUUCCCUUUCGCCAAGACAGACGACGAUUAUCCCACAGCUACCCAACUGCAUGAAUGGCUUCAAAGAUAUGCUCGUCAUUUCAAUUUGCUGCCCAAAGUCAAGUUCGGAAUGAAGGUCAUGAACAUCGAGAGGAGGGGUGAGAAAUGGGAUUUGGCAAUCAGGCGAAACAGCACUGGACAGAUCACGACCGAGUCAUUCGACAAGGUCUGCGUUGCAACGGGCUCAUUUUUCACCCCAAGAUGGCCAAUCCUCGCAGGUUUCGAUCAAUUUUCUGGCAAGGUCAUACACUCCAUCGAUUAUCAUGGAUCAAAGGAGUUCAAAGAUCAAAACGUUUUCUUAGUAGGCAUGCAUGCCACGGCCCAAGAUGUUACGAACUCUCUAUCCGAGAACGCGAAGCAUGUUUACCUCUCUCACAGAGGUGGUUUACUUCUAUUGCCAAGAUACAAUGAGGAUGGUGCGACUUUCGAUUCUGCAGGUUCUCUAACGGUUACGAUGGCUAUGGCUUGGUUGAAUCGAUAUUUCCCUAGAACCCUCUUCUGGUUGAUGGACUCAGCUCUGAAGAAAAUGUCUGCAAAGGCAUUUCCUAACAUUCCAAACGAAUGGGGUCUGGAUCCGGCGCCUUCUAUGGCCAUCUCGACUCCUUUGAUGGCUGAUACUCUUUGGACCCACCUGGAAUCUCGGUUUGCGGAGCCAGUUCCCCCAAUUCGGCGCAUUACGGGCCCUCGCUCAAUUGAGUUAGAGAACGGCCGCGUUCUGGAGGAUAUCGAUUCUAUUAUUUAUUGCACUGGAUACAAUUUCAAUAUACCUGAGGGCCUGAUUCCUAAAACAUCUACCAUUGAAGAUCUUCACCCUUAUCCCGGCAACUCAUUUGAACAGCCUCCAAACCUUUACCGAAAUAUUUUCCCUUUGCAUCCAGACCCGUCCAUCCGAAACUCACUCGCAUUCAUUGGUCAAGGUGCUAUAGUCUUUCCUGGAUUCAUGCAGCAGGAAUUGGUUGCCAUGACCAUCAGCCAGAUCUGGAGGGGAAACUCUUCAUUACCAUCAUAUGAUGAGAUGCUCAAUUGGCGAAAGCGUAACGUCGCAGAACGCGAAACAACUGCAGCUAUAUAUAAGCCUCGCCAAGGCUCUACGUUCUAUCCUGUAUUCUUGAACAUGGGAGAUCAACUGCCCUGGUUGGACGAGACAGCUGGUACUGACAAGGAACUUUAUCACCUGUGCAUGAAAGGGUUGUUCACUCCUGCGAUAUGGCGACUCUUCGAAACUGGCAAGAGAAAAGCAAUGCCGAGAGAGGAGUGUCGGGCGAUGAUUUUGAGUGAAAACAAAUUGGCAGAGGCGCAAAAGAAGAGCAGAUUGGAAUCAAAGAAGAAAAGCUGA